AUGCGUACAUUUUUAUUAAUAUUCGUAAUCUUUAUCGUUGGAUGUGAAAGUUUUUUUAAUAAUCCUCCAUUUAAUUUAACUGCAUUAACUUCUCGUCGUAAUCUUACAUGUCUAACUGAUUUUGGUGAUACAGAUUUAUUUACAAAUUGUGAGUAUUGUGUCUAUGAAUUUUUUAAUAAUGGUACAGAUUCAAGUAUAUCUCAUGAUUGUAUUUAUAUAACAAAUUCUUAUCGACUUGUAACACAACGUUGUUCAGGUUUUACAAGUGAUAGUGAUAUUGGUUAUGGUCUUUGUUCACAAUUACCAUUUGAAUAUUUUGAUAUCAACGUACUUUGUAUAUGUGCAACGGAUUUAUGUAAUGAGAACUUUACAACAUGUAAACAAUCGGUUGAUUCAAAUCCAAAUCUACCAACACUUCCGUCACCAAUAUCAACAUUAACUGCUAAUACAUCAGCAAUUUCAUGUCAAGAUACACCACUUGGUAUAUUAAAUUCGACAUAUUACUGUAUAAGAGAUUCGACACCUUAUAUAAAUAUGACUGAAUGUGAAGAAUAUGUACAAAAUCAUACUGUUGUUUGUAUGUAUUUAGAAAGUGAUGAUGGAAGUUAUUUAACUUUAGUUGCUAUACCUGAUGAAGAUUAUGAAUAUGUAUUAGCUGAUCAAAUUGAUAAAAUGCAAGGAGUAGCAACUCAAUCAAAUUUCAUACAAUUUUAUAAUGAAACAUCAGGUUCAUUUUAUGUACAAUGGCAAGAAGAUGUUGAAGAUACGGAUAAUUAUACAAGAAUUUAUAAUAAAUGUUAUUGUAUGACCGAUGAUUGUAAUUUUAAUUUGACAGAAUGUCUUCAAUCAUAUGUAAACAGUAGUGUAUCAAGUAAUGAUAUAAACAAAGCAUUACUUGUUAUAUUAACGAAUUUCAUGAUUGCAACAAAUCUCUUUUAA